CUAAAGGGGGGUACACGAGACCUCGCGUCAGUACAUCCGGGUUUCACACCUCACCCACAUGCCGUCAGAGAGCGCGCCAGACUCUUUUAAAACUUUUAAAAAUACAUUUUAGACCAAACAUCGAAGUUCAACCACGUUUUAAAAUCGAUAUCUUUAAACGUCUCUACGUCAACACGGAAGUGAUCAGCGGUGCAACAUCUGGGACACGCGGCAGGGGGCGCGCGCCUCUUUUCAAUGCGCUCUUCGAUCCGCAAGUUACCCGCAGAAGAAGAAACGUCGGCGCGCGGAGGAAGAGGACGUAGAAGAAGAACCGCCCGGUCCCGGUCACAGUGCGCUAAUGCGCAUCCAGCAGCGGCGCGCGGCUCCGGGGGACAACGACACGACGGAAGCCAGCAGGCGGAAGACAGAACAGCGCGCGAGGGGGGAGACAGCGACGAGCGGUGACGUCUGCGACACGGCAGUGACCAUGGUGGGCGAGCGGCGCAAUGGGAACCUGCUGGUCCAGCUGGGCCCGAGGCUGCAGGCGUAUCCGGAGGAGCUGAUCCGCCAGCGCCGCAACCACGACGGCCAGACGGAGUACCUGAUUCGCUGGUGCCUGGUCACCGUCGACGACGGCUCCGGCUUGGGGGGCGGAGCCAGCGAAGCGGGCAGCUCGGGGUCAGACGGGGCAGCCGGCCCCACGUCAGGAGACAGCAAGCCGGAGAACAUCCUGAUGUGGAUGUCCACGGAGGACGUGUACGCCAACUGCCCCGGGCUGCUCGGCAAGAGGAAGACGGACGCGCAGCGCCCGCUGCAGCCAGAGGCGCGGUGCGGCGAGGCCGACCACGGACGCCCGGGCACCGCCGCAGAGUUCCCUGCCGACGUGACCUUCGACGAGGUGGAGUUGUCGGACAUGAAGGACGACGUGAAGAACCUGGUGUGUCGAGCCAGGAAGCAGAUGGCCAAGAAGAGCGACUUCUCCAUCAGCAUCACGCACACCAUCCACGUGCUGAGCGCCUACGCCGGCAUCGGCUCGCUGGUCGGCGUCUUCAAGGAGACCGGCGCCCUCAACCUGCUGAUGGAGCUGCUGUGCAACAAGGAGACGCAGACCCGACGCAGCGCCGGCAAGAUGCUGCGGGCGCUCGCCUCCCACGACGCAGGAAGUCGUGCGUAUGUCCUGCUGUCCCUCAGUCAGCAGGACGGCAUUGAGCAGCACAUGGACUUUGAUAACCGCUACACUCUCCUGGAGCUGUUUGCAGAGACCACGUCCUCAGAGGAGCACGGCAUCUCCUUUGAGGGGAUCCACCUGCCUCAGAUCCCCGGAAAGCUGCUCUUCUCUCUGGUGAAGCGUUACCUGUGCGUGACGUCACUGAUGGACAAACUCAACACAGCGGGGGCGGAGUCUAACUCUGACAGACAGGAGGCCAGCCCCUCCCCCGCCUCCUCCUCCUCUAGCACCGCCCACCAGACGGAUCACGUCCGCAUGCAGCGGGAGUUCGACUUCACUGUUGCUAUGGCCAACCUCAUCUCGGAGCUGGUCCGGGUGAUGGGCUGGGACCGGAACCGCCAGUCUCCCGAUGGCUCCGCCCACGUCCAGGGAGGAGGCGGGGCCUGCAGGGAGGACCCCGGGGAGGAUGCGUCCCGCCCCGUCCUGAGGUCCAUCUUUCAGCCUCGCUUCUGCGCCUCCCCUGUUGCCCUCAGCACUGUCGCCGCUCCUGCAGCCGCCGCCUCCUCCUCCUCCUCCUCCUCCUCCUCCUCCUCCUCGCCACCCAAGAAGCAGACGGGAAACGGGUACAAAACGCGCUCCGACUUCGCCAGCCGCUCGGCCUACGUGGAGUACGUGCAGGACAACCUGAAGAGCGGCAUGCAGGUCCGCAUGCUGGAGGACUACGAGGAGGUCAGCGCCGGGGACGAGGGCGAGUUCCGCUACAGCAACGACGGCUCGCCACCUGUCCAGGUGUACUGGAACGCCCUGUCCAGGACCUACUGGGUCCACUGGCACAUGGUGGAGGUACAGGGCGGGGGCAGCAGCAGUCAGGCUGAGAAGGAGACUCAGGAGAAGGCCUCCACCCUGACGGAGGCGCUGAGGCUCACGGCUGUGAGCCAGACGUUCUUUUCCAAGCCCCCCGGUGGUCUCUACUCUCUGCCUUACCUGUCCGAGGGUCUGCACCUGGAGAGGCGGGCCCUGAGUCGGGCCGAGUGGUGGGAGAUUCUCUUCUUCAUCAAGAAGCUGGAGCUCAAACAGCAGCAGGAGGUCAGCAGCAUCCUGCAGCAGAGCCUGGAGGACCAGGAGGCAGAGCUGGACGACUCGUCUCUGAUUGGCUUGUCUGUCCACGGAGACGUGGCGAAGAAGCUGCUUCACUACCUGACGCAGAAGCUUCCGUCGUCUUGUCAGAGCGACCUGCUGUGUUCCCACACCUUCUCCAAACACUACCUGAGACGAGGAGGAGGAGGUCAGGAGGAGGAAGAGCUGCUGGCGAUGCGCUCCGUCUCCAAGAAGGCAAAGAAGGAACUUCCUGUCGAGGCCGGCAGCUCGGAGACGGAGAGGGAGCUGCCCCCCGAGGACGACAGCACGUACCCCGAGGACCUGGAGGACAAGAUGAAAGUGUUCAACAACCCGCGGGUCCAGGGCAAGAAGACGGUGUUGGAGAAACUGGGGGAGGUGGUGGACAUCCUGAGGAAGGGGGGGUCGGGCUCAGACCAGCUGGCCGCCGUGCUCUUCCUCACCAGGCUGCUGGAGGAGAAGGGAGUCCAGGAAAAGAACCCCAUGAGGAGCGACUCUGCUCAGAGCAUCCGGGACAAGGUGCUGAAGCUGCUGGUGGAGAUGCUGGGCUCCUCCUCCAAAGACGUGCUGAUGGGCGCGCUGAGACUCACACACCUCCUCAUGCUGAAGUACGAGUGGAGGGUUUCCUUAGCCACCGAGGGCGGAGUCAAAGCCGUCCUGUCCUGCAUGCAGGAGUUCUCCACCUCCACCCACGUCCAGCAGCUGGCACUUGCAACGCUGAAGGUCAUCUCUGGAGCCAGUAAACACGACCUGCACAGCGCAGGCAGCAGCCUCCCGCUCUCCGAGUCCGGCACUCAGGUGAUGUUGGAGAUCUUCGCCAGCAUCGGGUCGGCCACGCCCGAAGGCUCCAGAGGCCUCCUGGGAGCCGUCCCCGCCGCCAUCGACCUCAUGCUGCAGACCAAAGGCUGCAUGCCGUCGGUGCGUAACGGCCUGCUGGUCCUCAUCGUGCUCAUCUCCAACCACAAGAGCCUGGCGGAGCAGCUGGUGGCCGCCGGCGUCACCGCCGUCCUCAAGAAGUGUCUCACUCUGUCCAGUGCCGAGACCAUGCUGGCCAUCAUCGCCCUCAACCACAUCUCCAUGGUGCACAAACUGGAGAGCAAAGAGGGCCGCGAGCAGCUGGACUUCAAGGACACGGAGCUGCAGAUGUUGCUUGUGAGUCUGAAGGAGCUGACGGCCACUAAAGAGGUGAUCCAGACUCUGGAGCAGCUGCUUUGUGACGACGGCUCUCAGCUGGAGGGCGAACGCAGCCAGGUGACGCACAGUCGGGACACUUACCAGGAUCUGGUUCGUCUGAUGGAGCAGCACCGAGCCGACCGGGCCGUCCAGCUGUCCAUCCUCAGGAUCCUGAACAAGUUCCUGGACAGCUACCAGGAGGACAUGCUGCCGUGGCACGAGAGCAUCGAGCCCUGCUUGUCCUCCAUGACGGCCUUCAUCAGCGACAGAGAGGUGGUCCAGCAGUUCAUCCGCUUCCUGUACCGGCUGGCGUCCCUGAACAAGGACUACACGGUGGUGAUGUGCCGCCUGGGGACCAAAGAGGCUUUGGGGAAAGCUCUGGACAAACACAGCACCAACCUGCUGCUGGUCACCGAGCUGAGGGACCUCAUCACUGACUGUGAGAAGUACGCCAGCCUCUACAAGAAGAUGACCACCAGCGUCCUGGCGGGAUGUAUCCAGCUGGUGUUGGGUCAGAUCGAGGAGCAUCGCCGCAGCCAUCAGCCAAUCAACAUCCCCUUCUUUGACGUGUUCCUCAGGAACCUCUGCCAAGACCAUGUGCUGUGUUCAGGCUCCAGCGUGGAGCUCAAGGAGGACAAGUGCUGGGAGAAGGUGGAGGUUUCGUCCAAUCACCAUCGAGCAAACAAGCUGACUGACAAGAACCCCAAAUCCUACUGGGAGUCCAACGGCUGCACCGGCUCGCACUUCAUCAACAUCUACAUGCACAAAGGAGUUGUCAUCAGACAACUGGCCGUGCAGGUGGCCAGCGAGGACUCCAGCUACAUGCCGGCCCGGGUCCUGGUGCUGGGGGGCGACGAUCCAACCAACAUCAGCACAGAACUCAACACGGUGAAUGUGACCCCGUCAGCCAGUCGGGUGGUUCUUCUGGAGAACAUGACCAGAUUCUGGUCAAUUAUCCAGAUCCGGGUCAAAAGAUGUCAGCAGGGAGGAAUCGACACUCGGGUCCACGGCUUCGAGGUCCUUGGUCCAAAGCCGACCUUCUGGCCGGUGUUCAAGGAGCAGCUGUGCUGUCGGACCUACCUGUUCUACAGCACUAAGGCCCACACCUGGUGUCAGGAGGUGAUGGAGGACAAGAUGCAGCUCUUGCAGCUCUUCAACAAACUGAACAGCGCUCUGAGACACGAGCAGAUGUUUGCUGAUCGCUUCCUUCCGGAUCCCGAGGCAGCUGAAGCUCUGGGUCGAACCUGCUGGGAGGCUCUGAUCACCCCCAUCGUCCACAGCAUCACACUGUCAGAAUCCUCUGCGUCUAGCCCUCUGUCCUGGCUGCUGAGCGAGUACCUGGGAAACGGCGAGUCGAUCCGCCGCUGUAAAAGCCGCGCGGCCUUCUUUAACUCCAGAGUGAGACGCCUCACACACCUGCUGGUCCACGUGGACACCAGCCGGCUGGAGAGUGAGGAGCUCAAACCACCAGUGAAAUGCAAAGGUCUCAACCGAAGCAAGGAGCUGAAGAAUGGUAAAGAGGGUAAAAACAAAGAAACGCCCGCGGCCUCCUCGACCAAACCCCGGCUGAAGAGCAGCAGCAUCGCGGGCAUCGCCCUCUGCUGGCAGGGAGUGGUACAGCGCCAGGUGAAGAAGUUCCUGGAGUCCAGCUGCAGUCUGCCAGACUUCGUGGAGCGCUACCGGACUCUGUACAUCCGGCUGAAGAACGCCAUGGAGGAGCUGUUUGGUCAGCAGACUGCCUUCGUGCUCGCGCUCAGACACGGAUUCUCCUCAGCGCUCCUGCAGCUCUCCAUCCUCAGGGCCAUGCACGUGAGUGAGCGUUUCUCUCAGUACAUCGACUCCACCAUCCAGGCCAGCGGGGCGGCGUCGGGCAGCACCGAGACUCUCCAGCGUCUGCAGCAGUUUUUGGAGCCGAUGCUCUUCCUGUCGGGUCUGGAGCUCGCCAACACCUUUGAGCACUUCUACAGGUACUACCUGGGCGACCGGCUGCUGGCUCAGGGGAACGUGUGGCUGGAGAGCGCUGUGAUCGAUCAGAUCGGCAGCUGCUUCCCGAGUCGAUUCCCUCAGCAGAUGCUGAAGAACCUGAGCGAGUCGGCGGAGCUGCAGCAGGAGUUCCACCUGUAUCGCCUGCAGCAGCUGGACCGGUGCCUGCAGGAGCACGACCAGGUUGGCAAAAACCCACCAAACCAUCUCCAGAUAAUGGAGGAGGAAUGGGUGGAGUCAGAGGAGGAGGCGGAGGUCCAGGUUCUGGUUCUCUCCCCACGCUGCUGGGCCGUGUCCUCGCUCUGCUUUCUGGACGAACCCACAAAACACUUUCCAGAAGAGCUCUGCUCCUACCUGAAGCAGUUCACCCAGUUCUACUCUCACAGUCAGUCCAUGCUGGGUCUGAGCCUCUCGAAGCCUCGGCGUCUCCAGUGGACGUGGCUCGGUCACGCUGAGCUUCAGUUUGGCUGCUUGAAGCUUCACGUCUCAACUCUGCAGAUGUUCAUCCUGCUGCAGCUCAACAGCCACCAGGAGGUUCCAGUGGAAGCUCUACUGAAGGCCACCGGCCUAUCAGCUGCUGUCCUGCUGCACGCUCUGCUGCCGCUCAUCAGUGAGGGAGGACCGCUGAGCUGCAGCCAGCCGGAGGAGCCCUGCCAGGGAGUGUUGCAGCUGAAGCAGAAGGGGGCGUGUCUCGGGGAGGACGGCGUCCCCUCGUCCGUCCGGCUGCUGCCUGCUCAGACGUACCUGAGUGUGGACGAGGACGCGGCCGGAGCUCUGGAGAGGAAGAGGAACUUCAUCUACUGCCUGAUCGUCCACAUCAUGAAGCAGGAGAAGGAGAUGCACAUCGACAACCUGGUCUUCAAGGUGCUGGACUCCUGCCAGAGGCGGGAAGCGUCCCGGCCUGCGGGCGCCGGGCGCUUCGGCUGCAGCACGGGCGACGUGCUCUCCUGCAUCAUGCACGUCAUCGGGCGCGGCUGCGUGCGCCGCAGCGAGGACAACCCGCACAUCGUGGAGUUCCUGCCUGAGGACCCGUCCACGCCGCAGAAGGGCCAGGCCCAGUUCUCCUUCAGCCGGGCCGAAGGUCGGGAGGACGCCGACAUCAGUCUGACGUCGACACCUCGGCCGCUGGAGGACGGCGUUCUGGACGCGGUCCUCUUCUCGAUGGGUCGGACCAUGACGCAGGAGGACGUUCGUGAGCUGAUGCAGAGGACGGUCCAACAGGUAUCGGCGACUCUGAGUCUGGACCUGGACCGGGCCGAGCACCUUCUGGUCCACUGCAGGUGGAACGUGGACCUCCUGGUGCAGCGCUACACGGACGACUUUGAUGACCUCAUCGUGGCUGCCGGACUCGAGACUCGGAACCCGGAGCCGCCGCCGAGCCCCGCCCCCACCUGCCCCGCCCCCACCUGCCCCGUGUGUCUCGGGCCCCGCCCCCCCGCCAAGGAGCCGGUGGCCUCGCUGAGCUGCAUGCACUACUGCUGCAGGCCCUGCUGGCAGGAGUACCUGACGGCGAGGAUCGAACAGAACCUGGUGAUGAACUGUAACUGUCCAAUCACAGACUGCCAGGCUCAGCCCACCUCGCUGUUCUUCCUCAGCAUCCUCACCGACAAGGACACCAUCGCCAAGUAUGAGAGUGCCUUGCUCAGAGGCUACGUGGAGUGCUGCUCCAACCUGACGUGGUGCACCAACCCUCAGGGCUGUGAUCAGAUCCUGUGUAAGGAGAACAUGGGCAGCAUGGGGACCUGCUCCAGGUGCUGCUGGUCCUCCUGCUUCAGCUGCAACUUCCCUGAGGCGCACUACCCAGCCAGCUGCAGCCACAUGUCCCAGUGGAUGGAUGAUGGAGGCUACUAUGAAGGGAUGACCAUGGAGGCUCAGAGCAAACAUCUCGCCAAGCUCAUUUCCAAACGCUGCCCCAGCUGCCAGGCUCAAAUCGAGAAGAACGAAGGCUGCCUGCAUAUGACCUGUGCCAAGUGUAACCAUGGCUUCUGCUGGCGCUGUCUGAAACCCUGGAAACCAACACACAAAGAUUACUACAACUGCUCCGCCAUGGUGAGUAAAGCAGCGCGGCAGGAAAAGAAGUUCCAGGAUUACAACGAGCGAUGCACCUUCCACAACCAGGCCAAGGACUUUGCGAUCAACCUACAGAACAAAGUGUCGUCCAUCAAUGAAGCUCUGCAGAUGAAGUCGUUGACCUUCGUCACCGACGCCUGUCAAGUUCUCGCUCAGGCUCGUAAGGUUCUGGCCUACUCCUGCGUCUACAGCUACUACAACCAGGAGACGGAGAAGAUGGACGUGAUGGAGCAGCAGACGGAGGCUCUGGACCUGCACACCAACGCUCUGCAGAUCCUGCUGGAGGAGACUCUGCUGCAGUGCACGGACCUGGCUUCAUGUGUCCGGCUGCUGAAACCAGAACAUCUGAACACGGGACUGGAGCUGAUCCGACGCAUCCAGGAGCGCCUGCUGGCCAUCCUGCAGCACUCCACCCAGGACUUCAGGGUGGGGUAUCAGUCCAAGAGCAGCCAGGACCCAGAAUCCACUCAGGCCUCCAACAAGGACCCCAACAAGGACCCCAACAAAGUGUCGGAGUCCGGAGACUCUGACAACAACAACUACGGCGACGAGGACGAGGACGAGGAGUAUGAUGAAGAGUACGUCCCGGAGUGGCACGAGGACUACGACGAGGACGACAUCGACGAGGACGACUUCUUCUCCGACGACGACGAGUCCGAGAACCUGGAAAGAGACUUCAGCCCCUUCGACUGAGGGAGGCCCCGCCCCUUCGCCUGAGGGAGGCCCCGCCCCUUUGCCUGAGGGGGCGGGGCUCCAGAGACGCAGAGACGUCCUUCUUCACCCCACCGCCAUCACGGCUGCACUCACCUUCCACCUCCUGUGUUUCUCCUUUAUGUUUUCAAAAAGGCAAAAGCACGAGGAAACGAAGGAAAGAGUUUAAUAUUUAAAUUCUAAGGCAGAAAAAAAUCUUAGUUUAGUCUUUUAAGUUAUGAAAAUAAAUUAUAAAUACUAAGUAAAUUCUGACAUGAAAGUCAUGUGAGUUCUGGUCAUUUUUAGUUCUAAAACUUGUUUAAAUAGUUUGAAACCAGUUUCAAACCAGUUAGAACCAGUCAAAACAUAGUUUGGAACCGGUUUGAAACGAGGAUUUUGAUUUCACUAACAGUUUGGAUUAGAUUGUGUUUUCAUGGAGGUCUCCUGGACUGAACUGGUUCUGGUCCCCUGGUGAAGGAUCUUGUUGCUUUGUGAUCCUUCUCAGAACAAAGUGUUUGUUUCCUGCUGCUGAUAAAAAGGGUUAUUGAUCCAGAGUUAUCUAAAGAUUUAUUGGUUCAUCACACGCUCUGCCUUCAUUUAUUUUUAUGACAAAUAGUCUUUUUUUACGUGUUUGUAGAGUUGGAUGUUUCUAAAGGAGCUGAUCCUGAGAGGAUCUGCAAUAACCGAUCAAUCAUCCACCCAUGGAUCCGUCUCAGUGGGAGCUGGUUCUGGUUCUGGAGUCCAGUUGGUGUCGGCUCCCUGUUUGUUGAUGUUCUAAAAUGUUGAACGGCUUCAGCAUCAAACUUAAUAAAAGCUUUUUUUGCUGCA